AUGAAUCUUGCUCCAAAAGUGCUAUCAAAAUUAGCGUUACCUCUUGGAGCAAGAUCGAUCAGCGCAAUCGCUGGUCGAGCGCAAAGCCAACGUAAACUGAACCUAGAGCAACGCCCGGAUUGGGGUCUCCGAUUGAACGAAAGGGCUGAUCGAAAUUUUGGAGGAAUUGCUGCUUGGGACAAAUUAGGUCGUCCCUUCUCGCACGGUGUCUGGCAUGGAGUUCAAGGGAUUGUCAGUGGAAAUGGAGAUGAGUUCCGGCGCGCAAAACAGCAAUUCGGUCGAAUCGGCUCUGGUGGUGGAUGGAACGGACAAUCGGGAAGGGGACGAUAUGAUAGAAAA